GACUGCAUAAACCCCUCUUCGUGCCUCGUGAAAAAGGCAGCACCCACGCUUCAGCUCGCCCUUGCGCCUCCGUAGAAAACCCCCCAUCUCCGGCGAGGGCUUGCUCCAGGGCCCAGGCCUCCGAUAGCGUCACGAGAGGGCUCCUGGGAAGAGGAAGCGAGUGAGCCAUGGGCAACUCAUGCGCCAAAGGUUCUGAGCAUAAAACCUUCAAGUGGACCAUUGACGGCUUCUCCUCCCUUCUUGACAAGGGAUGGACAUGCUCCAGCGUGUUUGAGUUCAUGGGAGUGAGAUGGUGCCUAAUGCUGAACCCAAAGGACAGAAAGAGAAAUGAUGCGAAGGAGCAUGUCUCUCUCAAGCUUAUGCUGAUGCGAACUUCAGUGAAACCUGACACUGUCAUAGAGGCAUAUUUCAAGUUCUUGAUAUAUGAUCAGAACUUUGGAAAGCACAGGGAGCAUCUAGGUAACCACAGCUUCCAGGCUGCAAGCACAACUUCUGGCACCUCAUGCAUGAUACCCCUGAAGAAACUGAAGACCUCUAGAUUUCUUGUCAACAACAGCUGCACCUUUGGUAUCGAGUUCAUCAAAGUCGCCACUGUCAAAACCAGUUCGCCGUUAGAAACACUCUUUGUCACGAAGAUGAACGUUUUCAACGAGGCCAAAGUUUACACUUGGAAAAUUGAGGACUACUUUGCACUGAAGAACCCGAGCUACUCACCAAAGUUUGAAGUCGGUAGAUACAGAUGGUUUAUCAAAAUGCAUCCAACUAGUGAAGGAAACCACCUGUCGUUGUUUCUUAACAUGAAGCAGCGAAAUGAUAUCCCAAAAGACUCUGGGAACCUAGUCGAAUUUACCAUAUCCAUCAAGGACCUGGAAAAUGGCAAGGACAAGAAAUCAACCGGCCGGUUCCAUUUCUCAAACAAUGCUCCUUCUUGGGGAUGGAGGAAAUUCAUCUCUCUAGAGGAUUUCAAGGACAAGUCAAAAGGCUAUCUCAUCAAAGGCAAGUGUUGCGUUGAGGCUAAAGUCACAAUCGUUGGCCCCUCCAAGAAACAGUAGUUUCAGACAUCUGUGAGAGCUGAUGACGUUAUUCUAACUAGCACCAGCUAUAUGAAGUGUUCCAUAGCACCGUGACAUAUUGAGACCGUCUGCUUGUUUGGAACUUUGGAUAUCUCAUAUCCGAACAUAUCAGCCCUUCAGGAUUUUGCCAAAUUUUGGUAACAAACCAAAUCUUGUGAAAGAUACUUCAUCCCCCUGUA